CGCUCUCAGGUUACUCGCGUGAAGUUGUGGACCAGAGGAGAUCGGAGACAUCCGGCGACCUGAGGACGGAGGAGACGCGUGGAGGCUCCGGAGGAAAGUGGGCUUCACUUCACUGGACUGGAUUUACUGGGCGAGGAGACGCACCGGGACGAGUUUGUGGCGUUUAACUGGGAGAGCGAGCAUUCCCAACAGUAUGCGGUGCAGCUAUGGCAGGCAAGGGUAAGACCGUCGUGAGGACGCUGGAGGAUUUAACGCUUGAUUCUGGUUAUGGUGGAGCCGCGGACUCGGUCAGGUCUUCCAGCGUGUCGCUGUGCUGCUCCGACGCGCACCAGUCCAUCGCGCAUGGGGGCAACGGCUGGCAUCUGACGGAAUCCAUGCACAGCCGACAGAACAGCGUGGACACGGUGAACACCGUCCUGGCGGAGGACACGGAGAUCCUGGAGUGCUCGGGUCAGUGCGCCAAGCUGCCCGAGCUGGAGGACGUGCCAUGGAGCCUCGGCGAGGUGGAGGGCGCACUGAGGAGGGACGAGGACCUGAUGCUGGGGAACCCGCCGCCGGAGGUCCUGGCGCGGCUGUCGGCGCUCAUCGGCCGCGCGCUGGUGCGGGUGGCCCGGGAGGCGCAGCGGCUCAGCCUCCGCUACGCCAAGUGCACCAAGCACGAGAUCCAGAGCGCCAUCAAGGUGGUGCUCUCCUGGACCGUCUCCGUCAACUGCAUCACGGCGGCUCUGAGCGCGCUGUCCCUCUACAACAUGAGCACCGGGGACAAGUUCAGCCGCGGCAAGUCGGUGCGCUGCGGGCUGGUGUUCUCCGUGGGGAAGUUCUUCAGGUGGAUGGUGGAUAGUCGGGUGGCCCUCAGGAUCCACGAGCACGCCGCCAUCUACCUCACCGCCUGCAUGGAGAGCCUGUUCCGGGAGGUGUUCGGCCGCGUCCGGCGCAGCGCGCUGGUGGAGAGGGACAACGGGGUGCCCAAGUUUACGCUGGAGUCUCUGGAGCAAGCCAUCAACGGGGACUCGGAGCUGUGGGGUCUGCUGCAGCCCUACCAGCACCUCAUCUGCGGCAAGAACUCGAGCGGUGCACUGAGCCUGCCGGAGAGUUUGAACCUGCACCGGGACCAGCAGCGCUCCGGGAGGGGCGGCGAGGGCCAGGGCUACUCGCAGGCCGAGCUCCGCACGCUGGAGCAGUCGCUCCUCGCCACCCGGGUGGGAAGCAUCGCCGAGCUGAGCGACUUGGUUUCCCGGGCCAUGCACCACCUGCAGCCGCUGCACAUCAAAAACCCCAGCAAUGGCACGCCGGUCCACCAGAAGACCAGCAGCACGGUGCACUGGGAGCCCGAGGCGCUCUACACCCUGUGCUACUUCAUGCACUGCCCACAGAUGGAGUGGGAGAACCCGAACGUGGAGCCGUCCAAGGUCACGCUGCAGACUGAGAGGCCGUUCCUGGUGCUGCCGCCGCUAAUGGAGUGGAUCCGGGUGGCGGUCGCCCACACCGAGCACCGGAGGAGCUUCUCCGUGGACAGCGACGACGUGAGGCAGGCGGCCCGGCUGCUGCUGCCCGGUGUGGACUGUGAACCCCGGCAGAUAAAAGCGGAGGAUUGUUUCUGUGCCACCAGGAAGUUGGACGCCGCCUCCACCGAGGCCAAGUUCCUGCAGGACCUGGGCUUCAGGAUGCUCAACUGCGGGCGGACGGACCUGGUCAAGCAGGCGGUGAACCUGCUGGGGCCUGAUGGCAUCAACAGCAUGAGCGAGCAGGGGAUGACCCCUCUCAUGUACGCCUGCGUCCGGGGCGAUGAGGCCAUGGUCCAGAUGCUGCUGGACGCCGGCGCCGACAUCAACAGCGAGGUGCCCACCACAGUAAACAAGCACCCCUCAGUUUACCCCGAAACGCGCCAGGGGACGCCGCUCACUUUUGCUGUGUUGCACGGACACGUCCCUGUCGUGCAGUUGCUGCUGGAUAACCGAGCGAAUGUGGAGGGCGCCCUGCAGGAUGGGGCUGAGAACUACACGGAGACGCCGCUUCAGCUCGCCGCCGCUGCAGGGAACUUUGAGCUGGUGAGUUUGCUUUUGGAACGAGGGGCCGACCCCAUGAUUGGGACCAUGUGUCGAAACGGCAUCUCGUCGGCUCCACUGGGCGACAUGAACUCCUACAGCCUGGCAGCAGCACACGGCCACAGGAAUGUCUUUCGGAAGCUGCUGUCCCAGUCGGAGAAGGACAAGGGGGACGUGCUGUCCCUGGAGGAGAUCCUGGCCGAGGGUUCGGAUCCCGGGGAGAAGAGGUUGGCUCUGCAGGCCAACAGCGGCGGUGGGACCCUGCGAACAGGAAAGGCCAAACUGAGAGCCCUGAGAGAGGCCAUGUACCAUAGUGCAGAGCACGGCCAUGUGGACAUCACCAUAGACAUCCGCAGCUUAGGCGUUCCCUGGACGCUGCACACCUGGCUCGAGUCCCUGCGCACCUGCUUCGUCCAGCACCGCCGGCCGCUGAUCCAGGGCCUGCUCAAGGACUUCAGCUGCAUCCAGGAGGACGAGUACACGGAGGAGCUGAUCACACACGGCCUGCCGCUCAUGUUCCAGAUCCUCCGCACCAGCAAGAACGAGGUGAUAAGCCAGCAGCUGUCGGUUAUUUUCACCCAGUGCUACGGGCCCUUCCCCAUCCCCAAGCUCACGGAGAUCAAGAGGAAACAGACCUCGCGCUUAGACCCUCUCUUCCUGAACAACAAGGACAUCUCUGACGUCACGUUCCUGGUGGAGGGGAAACCGUUUUAUGCACAUAAAGUUUUGCUGUUUACAGCUUCAGCCAGGUUCAAGUUGCUGCUUCAGAACCGACCAGCAGCAGAAAACACCUGCAUUGAGAUCAGUCACGUCAAGUACAACAUAUUUCACCUGGUGAUGCAGUAUCUGUACUGCGGAGGCACCGAGUCUCUGCACAUACGCAACACUGAGGUCAUGGAGCUCCUGUCUGCAGCCAAGUUUUUCCAACUCGAGGGCCUUCAGAGACACUGUGAGAUCAUCUGCUCCAAGAACAUCACCACCGAGACCUGCGUGGACCUCUACAAGCACGCCAAGUUCCUCGGCGCCUCUGAGCUGACGGCGUUCAUCGAGGGCUAUUUCCUGAAGAACAUGGUGCUGCUGAUCGAGCUGGACGCCUUCAAGCAGCUCCUGUACGAGCCUCCUCCGCCCGAGAGCCCCGUGUCCAGCCCGGGCAUCUGCUCCGACAUCCUCCUGGACCUGGAGAAGACUCUGGCCACGCGCAUCCACUCCAUCCACCUCUCCACCUCCAAGGGCUCCGUGGUGUGACACCGUCCUCUCCGGGGGGGGGGCCUUUCCCAUCCGGACGCAGCAUCCAUGUAACGCCACCGUUUACACACUGUCACCCCGUCCACCUGCCCCGGCCCCGCUGAUGAAGAGGAGGAUGAGGAGGAGGAAGAGGAGGAGGAGUUUUUCUAUGUCAGGGAUUCCCUUUAAUUCUGCCUGUUGCAGCUAACUGAAGUUAAACAAGACAAAAAUCAGAGGGAGAACUUUCUCACUCGUCCUCCCACUGCUCCCACUGAAAAUAAUAACGACAAAUAAAGAAAAACACACAACCCAACAGUAUAACUUAGACCAAACCACGAUUAUACAACUUUCUAUCGUAUUUCACGUAGAAAAACAUGCAUGAAAUACAAAGACUAUUUACCCUUUUGUUUUGUUUUAUGCUUAAAGAAAAAGGUAGAGUAGAAUCUAAACUCAACACAAGCAGCUUUCUCUCGUCAUCUCUAUCAGGAGACUUUGGUUUACAGAUGUCAUCUCUUCAUGGAAGUGGAUGCCGUCACCAUUUUGGAGCAUAAUCCGGAGUAUACACCCGAUUUUAAAAAAAGUGAUUAGUAGCAAAAGCCAGCAGAUACAGAUUCCUAGGUGGACGUGUCCUUUCUGUCUCCUCUGUGUGGGCGUCUCACUGUGUUAUAUCGACCGUGUGCAGAGGCCAAACCAAUCACACCAACUUCCACCGUCCCAUGGCCGACACACCGCUGAAGAAUCUAUGCUUGAAACACGGACGUCCACCUGGGAGAGGAACUUGUGAUAGACCACCGUGAACACACUGUCAUCUUGGGUUCUUUUUUUUUUUUGCAUGACACCUCCUCGAACUGAGCUGAACCCCAUGUUGCUUUUUAGGAAGAGCUUACUUCACGAACAAGGGGGGGGGGGGGGGGCUGCCUGUUGAACUUUCCAUCCACAGCAGGACAGACGGGACAGACGAGGGACUUUGUGUAAAUACGUCCUGAACGUCAUCGUGCUGGUUCUUUUUUGUUAUUUUUCCUUUUUUUUGUAAACUGAUGUACAGUAUCCUCCAACACCCGCUGACCACCGGUCUCAUUGAACUGAAUGUUGCUCCCUGGACAGUUCGUUCCUGCUGUGUGUGUGUGUCUGUGUGCGUGCGUGUGUGUGUCUGUUUAUGCAAAGUUGCAUGUUUAAUCUGUUUCAGUACGACUCCUGCGUUGCGCUGUAGCUGUGCUCUGUGUGUAGACGGGUCGGAGCUGAGGUCCAGUCACAGGACGUUCCCUUUAUCUCAUGUUCAGAUGUUUGAUGAUGACACAUUCCAGUCGAUCAGGGUCGAUCACACGAUGCAUUCUUUUGUUUGUUUUGUUCCACUUUUCAUCCUCAUCUUCUCAGUAACAUCAGCACUGGAUUCAUUAGUAGACGAUGUUUUAUGACAGAUGUAUUUCUAUCCACUUGGUUUUCUGGUCACGCCAGAAACUUUGCAAAAAAAACAGUUGGAAAAUAAGAAGUGAAAACAAGUUCAUGGUGAAGAGCAGGUGAUUUAAACGUCCUCUGAAACGGCAGCAGAUGAAAACAUCACAUCAGAGCUGGUGGAAGAAAAUUGUGUUGAUCCGCAUUUUCUUUUGCUUGAUUUCUGAAAAUGUAUUUAAGAUUUGUUCUAAAUUCAGAUGUUCAGUUUCAAAGCACGAACUGCUGCUUAAGAAAACAUCUGUUUCUGAUGAAAUAUGGAAAGUUUGUUUAUGUUAUCAACAAAAACUUGAUAAGACUGAGGAGGAAGAAACACCCAACUACUGAUGUUAGAGCUCUGUCUUGUGUUGUAUCUAUCGAAGGUGGAAGCUGAAGAUUAACACAAUAUGAAGCUUUACAUAAUUAGCAUUUUGCUUCUGAAUCAAAUCCACAUGAAUUCGUUGACUGUGGCAAAAACCAUUCUGACUGGUUUCUUUCUCCAUGGAACAGCAGCCGGGGGUUGAAUCAUCCAAAAGACAAAAGAUUCUUCAGUGAGGAAACUGAAAUAAAGAAACAGGCGGUCACACAGUCACUUACACUAACAGGAUUUUUAGUGUUUCUGGAAGAGUCACAUGUUUGUGUGUUCAGCUGAAUUGAGAAUAUGAGUGUGAAGACAGAAAGGAAGAGGAAUAUUUCAUUCUCAAGCUAAAGAAAGAGAAACUAGAUCUCAGACAGCUGAACCAGUUACUGCAUCAAUAACUGAAACUAAAGGAAGUGGCAGAUUGGUAUAUGUCAGUUAUUGAUCUGGUGAUUGUUCCAUGUGUUGUGAGAUCUUUUCCUCUUUUUGUGGCUUCAGGUCAAAGUUGUUGUUUAGUAUUAAUUUGAUUCCAUGAAGAAAAGUUGUGUGGUUUCCAUCAGCUCUCGAUGCAAAGUGUCCUCGUACCUUGUGGUGGAAGUUUCUGCAUGAAUCUGAUUUCACCUUCAGAUAAAUCACACAACUUAUGGCUUCAAAUAUUGUAGCACACUCCAAGAAAAACAUCUACUCAAAUAUUUGUUUGGGACCGAAAACCAUGAGAAACCCUGAGGCACAUACAAGUUGGUUUAACUUCUGUAAAUAGUUACAGAAAAAUUAAAUAUAUAUAUAUUAUCCUACAACUUUAUUUUCUUACCUACAUACAUAGCACUAUAUAUUUUAUUUUACAUUCCACAGCUAUUUUGUUUUACAAAAGAGAUAUAAGAAAAAACAGAUGAUAUAAAAAGAUGCUUUAAAGUUUUGAAUUUAAGCAAUAUUUCCAUCGGAUUGUAUUAUUUUGACGAAUAUGUCACAUGGAUAUGGAGCUACAGUAUAAAUGUGAAUCAAAAGACACACAACAGAAAAAUGAGUGACUGAGAACAACUGAAUAUACUGUGUUUUGUUUAUAUUCUGUGAAAUUAAAUUGUCUAUUUGGUUUUAAAUGUAUUUCAGCCAUUUUAAGAGAUUAUAACUUUUUCCCUGAGAGCGUUAAGGAAGCAGAUAAGUUAUUAACUGGACAUAAAUCACCCUCGCACCAUACUUGACUUUUUGUUCACUCAUCCCACACACGCCCAUGUCAUUUAAAAAACGAAUGAUUUAAAUGUGCAAAUGUGACUUAAAGAUGCAAAACCAGGGUAACAAGGUUCAUAAUGAUGUCAAGCACUGUGUGUGCCAGUGUCACUUUGUAGCCUCACAAUCGAACGUGAGCUUCAGUUCGAGUCGUGUUGUGACGACAGCUGGAUCCGGCUUCAACGUUUAAAAACAAGAUGUUUCUAUGAGUCUCAAUGUUUGCGUCCUUAGCAGAAGACUAACUUUAGCUUGCCCCUGCUCUGGAGCUUCUGAUCCAGCCCCCGGGGGUCACGGCUGUAACCGUCGGUUCGCAUGGCUCUUCAUGUUCGGUGUCGUCCAGAAUGUGCUCUGUUCACCAGCUUUGUCCAAUCGAGACUCUCUCCUCCGGUCGUCGGAGAGUUUUUCCUUGCCUGCGUGUUUGCUCCUGGUGAUAAAAGACAUUUGUCCAAUAGAAGCAGUGGAAACAUGCAUGGGACGUUCACUAGGUUUCUAAUCCACAAGGAGGUGUGUGUGGGGAGGUGGGGGGGACUUUUGCUAAUUUUCCUUUUAUUAUUUUUUUUCCCCCUUUGAUGAGAACAUGUAUAUUGUACAAAGUAUGUAUAUGGAAUAUAAAUUAUACAUGGUGUGAGGAGCAGGGAUGUGGCGGAGUAUAACAACAAACAGGAAUGUUACACUCGUGCUACGGAUUCUGUCGUUCCAUGACAUGCUUUUGUGGACAGCUAAUAAACGACCACAGUUCAAAAGGA